AUGAGUGAAUCUAUUGGAAAAGAAGCUAGUUCUAAAGGUCGAGUAAAUACUUAUUUAAAUGCUGCUGAGAAAGUUCUUUCUGUAUAUGGUUAUGAUGUUUCGAAUCCAACUAAACCUACCAAUAAUGUUCCAGCUAAAACUGGUAUGCUAGGAAAUGUGAAACAAAUGUAUUUUCUUUGGAAAACGUUAGACAAAAAUAAUGAUCGAAAGAUCACCGUUGAAGAUGUUCAAAUAAUGCUUGCAGAAAUGGGUCUUGGUUUUCUUAGUAAAUAUGUAGCUAAAGCAUUAUUUGACAUGGUCGAUUCAAAUCAUGAUGGUCAACUUCAAUUUCGUGAUUUUAUUGCUUUAAUGGGCAUCAUCAAAAAAUUACUCAGUGCUGUUGCAUCAGCAAAAACUGCGUAA